AUGGGAUUGGUAACCACCACCGUUCCCAUGAACGUUGUUCCUCAAUUUGGGUCGCUCCGAACAUCCAUUCGGGUCGGAAACUCCUCAGGCUUGAGCUUCCCUCAAUCACGGUCACAGAAGAGGAAUAAGAGCUUUGUUUGCUUCGCUGUGGAUGACGACCUCAGACCGAAGCAACAUGACUUGAGUACUACAGCUACUGGGUUGGGCUCCGCCCUUGAAGAAAGACCCGAAAACACAGAUCUUUUUGAGAGUAAAUCGGAAGAAAUGCAAGGAAAUUUUGAGCAAGAUGGUGGACGAGGUGCUAUAUAUGAUUUUCUUUAUCCUAGUAAAGAGCUUCUUCCUGAUGAUAAAGAAAUGAGUAUAUUUGAUCAUCUUGAAGAGCUGCGGCAGAGAAUCUUUGUAUCAGUUUUAGCAGUUGGAGCUAGCAUUUUAGGAUGCUUCGCAUUUUCAAAAGAACUGAUAAUGGUUCUGGAAGCUCCUGUUAAAUCACAGGGUGUAAGAUUUCUCCAGCUGGCUCCUGGUGAAUUUUUCUUUACAACUUUAAAGGUGUCUGGAUACUGUGGCCUUCUCUUGGGAAGUCCCAUCAUCCUCUAUGAAAUCAUAGCCUUUAUACUUCCAGGACUUACAAAAGCCGAAAGAAGAUUUCUUGGGCCAAUUGUUUUAGGCUCAUCAGUUCUUUUCUAUGCCGGAAUAACUUUCUCCUACUUGGUUCUGACACCUGCAGCACUAAAUUUCUUUGUUAACUACGCCGAAGGUGUUGUUGAAUCAUUAUGGUCCAUUGAUCAAUACUUUGAAUUUGUUCUUGUGCUGAUGUUCAGUACAGGUUUAUCUUUCCAGGUACCUGUCAUACAAUUGCUAUUGGGACAACUUGGACUGGUGUCCGGAGACCAGAUGCUAUCAAUUUGGAGGUAUGUUGUGGUUGGUGCAGUAGUGGCAGCUGCCAUAGUUACGCCAUCCACUGAUCCUCUCACUCAAAUUCUUCUAGCAGCACCUUUAUUGGGUCUUUACUUAGGUGGCGCAUGGAUGGUCAAGCUUAUUGGACGGUGA